GAUACGGACGCAAAUUACAGUGCCUCAGCUUUUGGCGCUUAAGUCUCGAAGGACGGUCCGGCAGCCCACGCAGACUGUUACAGGAUCAUUCCCUGCAGGUCAGAUCGCCAUGGAGGACCCGCUGCUGGAGGAGCAGUUCAGGCGGUUGAAGAAGCGAGAUUUGUUCCAGACAUACUUCUUUAAAAUGGCUUGUCGCGCUUUUGGGCCGCCGAAAUGCAGGGAGCGCCUCACAGUGGCGCCCCCGAUGCCGAAGUUCACUCUCCCGGUCCACCGCGCUCCCUCUGUCCCAGCCGAGGUGUGCGGGACGGGAUCCGACCGCAGAGAGCCGAGCUACACGGGGGAGGGCGGCGCGGAGCUGGCAGAGUGGAUCAGAGAGAGAAGGGCGCUCCGCGGGGAGCUGGACCGCCUUGGGGAGCUGGAUGGGUGGCUGCACAGCAAACCCACCCUCACUGACCUGGAAUACGAGGUCAUGGAUCGGAGGAGAGAAGCGAGGAAAAGCCUAGCUCCACCUCAGCAGCUUAGUGAGAUGGGCAAGCAGGGAGCCAUGCGAGAUGAGGAGGUUCUGGCUAGUCUGCAAAUGAUCAGAAUGAGUAGUGAGACCCACUCUUACCCAUCCACUCUGGGAGGUCCUACAGGUAGGGCUGUGGAGAGCUUCAGGAGACAGAGUCUGAGAGAAUACCUAGGCUGUCUGGAGCAGUGCCAAAAACAUAAGCUGCCUAUUAGCCCCUCCACACUACAGAGAGUAUUUCUGCACCCAGGGGAUGCAGGUGGGUGUAAGGGGUUGGCGUUGAGGCAGGCAGGCUCGAGCCCUCUUCUGGGCUGUGGUGAGCAUCUGAGGGGACAAGUGUCCUACAGCAACUCUUCUCAAAAGGGAAAAAAAGAAGAGGGUGAGGGGGAGGAACAAGAAUCAACGCUACAUAAAGUCCGCAGAGAGAGGAGCAGAAGGCAGCCUCUGGCCCGGUGUGCUGACCCUAACGCAUUCUGGCCAGGCCAUGAUGGUCAUGUGCGGUUAUAUCAGCCUGUGAUGUCUAACCAUCCUGAGAGUGUGCUGUUUCAGCUCAUAUUACACACCCCAGCUCCAAGCCCUGGACAUUGGCCUGUUAAUCAAGCAGGAUACUUCACCUCUGGAGACAUCAGCGCGCAUAAGUCCUAUAUACUGCUUCUGCGUGUGCCGUGGUGCAGUUACUCAUGGCGACUGCAGCUUGUAAAGGUCAAAAGUCGGAAUGGAAAUUUCACAGCUGUGGAGUUGUGUGCUUGGUGUCGGACAGAAAAUUACAGUCAUCAUUUAUACGACUCUUCUCUGUCAAGUGGCAGCAAGGGAUGGUGAAGCCUUGUCGAAGAUAAAAAAUGAAAUCGGGACAGCCAAUGGCAGAAAACCUGACAGCCAUCAAAGGUUCUAUUGCAUGCUUGGAAUUGGAGGGAGAGCAAAGCUGCUUUGGGAGCAGGAGCUGUACUCACCAUUUGAGUAUUUAGCGCCCUGUCCUUAUUUCCACACUUUCCCCGGUGAUGAGUGCCGGACUGGGCUGAACUUUGCUGAUGAAGAGGAGGCUGGUUGUUUCUAUAGUGCUGUACAGAAGUGCAUCAAGAGUUCUAGAGUACACCCUGUCUUCAUGCGCACACACAGUCUGGACUCUGCCUCUGGCUGGCUGCUGAGGGAAAAGCUGAAUGCAGGUCUGACUGAUUGUGGAAAAGACAGCCGGUCGCCAUCCCCCAAAACUCCACCACCCUUUGACUUGAGGAUGACCAGUACAACAGUGGGACCAGGGACCAAACCAGCUUUACGUUUUACCCCAACUGGUCAAACAUCUAUUUCUUCAAAGACUCUUUCUAGCCCUAAUGCUGCAUCUGUUUCUCUGGCACAGAAAAAGGGACCCCUGCCCCCCAUCCCUUCUAAUCCAAGGGCAGCCUCAUUUAGUACCGGUCACAAUGCUAAUCUGAGAAGCCUUUCCAGCAGUUUUUCCAUUCCAGUCCAUCCACCUUACCCAGCCCCCCAAAUAAACCUAGCAGGAGUAAGGAAAAGUGCUAGCUUUGCUCCGAGAGAAAAUUAUUCUUCUGCUGUCCUGAAGCAUCAAAGAAGCUUACAGAUGUUUACAGCUGACAUGCAAGCAGACUCUCAAUAUGAGGAAGAUCAGUAAAAGCACCUGUGAAUCUUCUAAUGUAACACUGCUCUUAUAGCUUUUUCUUUUCUGCAGUAAGGCAACUGUAGAACAAUUUCUCAAAACCUUUAUAAGUACAUUACACAUUAGAGGACUUCUGCUCCUGAUUUGAUUUGUGGACUCUGAUGGUGCUGCAGGAUUAAAUCAGUUAUGUUUUCUACCUGCCAAGUUCUGAUAUUGCUGUUAGUAAGUAACAGAAGAUUGCAGCUGUAUUUGAAUGCUAUGUGCAUGCAUUUGUGAAUCAGUUUGACUCACUCUUAUCUUGAAAUACUAAAAACUAUAACACCAAUAAAGACCUUGAGUGAUAUGUUA